UCACAUCGCUGUUGGACAAAACAAACAUCAUAGCACGAAAUGGGCGAACCAGCGCAGGCCGAGUUGUCGCUACCAGCUUGUAGUUGGACUGACGCUUCGACUGGGCCUUCAAAGCUUGUGGUCGCAAAUCGCAGUGGAAAGUCUGUUCAGCUUGUAUGGCUGUCAUAUGAUGGCACGGAACAGGUGUACAACGUGCUUGAAAACGGACAGGACACGCAGCAAGAUACGUACUCGACUCACGUAUGGGAGCUGAGGGACGAAGAGGGUGGCCGAAUCAUCCAGUAUGCCGGGCCGUCCGUACGAAUCCAUGUACUGCCCGAGGGCGUGAGCGUUGUUGGGCAGCCGGCGCCCCCGGCAACCCUGCCUUCGGAGACGUUCUAGCUGCUAGCGGCUCGGCAUCAUGGGAGGUUGACGUGUGCAGUGCUCCAAAGUAUGGGCGGCUGAAAGGCAGGGGUAUCUCGUGUGAUUUCUGUACGGCUUGCAUGGGGCGGUGUUCUGCAUGAGGCCGGCAAGACACGCCUUCGGGUUCUCGAUGGACGCUUGCACGCUUGGACACAAGCGUUGCUAAAAUAACGACCCGCGGGUCACAGACUCGAGAAGAAGUCCGGCGAGUAAAGUUCUUCACGAGG